AUGGGUCCCUCACAGAAGCUGGAGUAUGGGAUGAACAUGUCUGUCUACAGCCAAUUGGUCGCUACGGCAGCGGACAUGAAAGCGGCCUUCGCGAAGGUGGAUGCGGCGUGUCUGGAAGGGGAGCAGUGCAUGAGUCGUCUCACUGCUAUGAUGCAGGCCGAACUGUCGCCGCAAGAGCGCGCUCGACUGAACAAGAGUGCACGCGAAGCGAUGGCUGAAUUGCAGCAGCUCAAGCGUCUGGCUGGUGAGCGAAAGGAGUCGCUCGAUGGUCUAGCGAGCCAGAUCGAGAACAUCGAGAAGAUGGCUGGGGUGAACAAGCUACGGGAGCAUGGGUCGUUGUGA